AUUAAUUAAUUAGAAGUUAAAUGGCCGUCGGAAUACUAAUUAACCUCCUCCUUCUCGUCGUCGCAUACUUAGCCGGCGCGGCGAGUGCUGCAGCCGAAGUCUCGUCUUGGUUAGACGGCGUCCCGUCCGAGAUCGCAAGCAAGCUCGAUUCCGGCAGCAACGCCGCCGCCCGAUUCGCCACCGACUACGGCGGCGUCACCCGCGCCGCCUAUCCAGCGGCCGUGUUCCAGCCCUCUACGGCAGACGACAUCGCGGCGCUCCUCCGUUUUGCUUACUGCGCCGAGCCACCCUUCCCGGUGGCUGCCCGCGGCAACGGGCACUCCGUCCGCGGGCAGGCCCUCGCGCCCGGAGGCGUGGCUCUCGACAUGGCGGCUCUCGGCGGCGGGAGGAACAGGAUCAACGUGUCGUCAGAGGGGGCGUACGUGGACGCCGGCGGGGAGCAGCUGUGGAUCGACGUGCUGGAGGCGGCGCUGAGGCACGGGCUCUCGCCGCGGUCGUGGACGGACUACCUCUACUUGACCGUCGGCGGCACGCUGUCGAACGCCGGCAUCAGCGGGCAGGUUUUCCGGCACGGCCCGCAGAUCUCCAACGUCUACGAAUUGGACGUCGUCACCGGAAAAGGUGAGAUGAUCACAUGCUCCAGCGAGUCGAACCGGGACUUGUUCUACGGAGUCCUCGGCGGACUCGGGCAGCUAGGCGUCAUCACGCGUGCCCGGAUCGGCCUUCGACCGGCGCCGGCCAGAGUUAGAUGGCUGAGGCUGUUCUACACCGACUUGGGCAACCUGACCAGGGACCAAGAGUUCUUGAUCUCGUUGCCGGACCCGACCGGGUUCGACUACGUGGAAGGGCAGGUGCUACUGAGUCACCAACGAGUCGACGGCUCUACCUUCUACUCGAACCAAGCCGUCGACAGCAUCAAUCGCCUCAAGGGCGAGUCGAAUACCAUCUACUUCCUAGAAGGAGCCGUGUACUAUGACUCUCCCUCCAUGGCAGACCAAAAAAUUGAGGACUUGAUGAAACAGCUAAACUUUGUCCCUGGCUUGGUCUUCAGCAAUGACGUGACCUACCUUGAGUUCCUCAACAGGGUGCACAAUGAGAUAGAGAAACUAAGCUCCAGCACAGUUCUUCUUCAUCCUUGGCUCAAUCUCUUCUUGCCCAAGUCUAGAAUCAGAGACUUCCAAGUUGGGGUGUUUGGAGGGAUCCUUCAAAACGUUAAUCACACUGCAGGCCCUAUACUUCUCUACCCCCUGAACAAGCACAGGUGGAAUGAUAUUAUGACUGCCACAGUUCCUGAUGAGGAGGUGUUCUAUACCGUAGGGUUUCUCUGGACUGCUGCCACAGUGGAGGACUGGGGGACCUUUGAUGCCCUGAAUAAUGAAAUACUAGGGUUCUGUGAUCAGAAUGGGAUCGAGGUCAAGCAGUAUCUGCCUCAUUACACGUCGAAGUUGGAUUGGGCGAGGCACUUCGGAUUAGUUAAGUGGGAAAAGUUUGUCCAGCUGAAGAGGAGAUAUGACCCAAAGGCACUGCUGUCCCCAGGGCAACAGAUUUUUACAACGCAGGUAAACAACAAAGAAGGAAGGGAAUGCAUGCAUGCAAAGUUGUAAAGAGAUUACAGAUUAGCAAGCAAGUAAUAUGACGUAAAUAUAUAUAUAUAUAUAUAUAUAUAUAUAUAUACAUGCAUUGACUGAUAUGCAGUUUAACAAUAUGUAUAAUAAUAUUUGGCAAAAAUUGAGAAGUUCAACCUAGAAAUUAAAGU